AUGUCAUCGGAUCCUGCACCGCUGUCUAAGACAGCCAAAUACAAGAAAAUAACUAAGCCGCUACUUGAAAGGAAACGGCGCGCUCGCAUUAACCGGUGCCUGGACGAAUUAAAAGAUCUAAUGGUCGGCGCUUUAGAGAUCGAUGACGACAACCUGAGCAAGUUGGAGAAGGCAGAUAUCCUUGAAUUAACAGUUAAUCAUCUUACAAAGUUGCAUAGACCUAAGGAUCCGGUUUUGGAAGCUAAGAAGUUUCAAGCCGGGUUUGGGCAAUGCGCCGCGGAAGCAUGCAGAUUCAUUAUGUCCGUGCCAGACUUAGAUUCUAAAGUGAGCCAAAAUUUAAUAGGACAUUUAUCAAGAAUGAUAACUGUUCAACCUUUGACGAUUCAAGUGCCGGACAGACCCACUUUUUCUCCUCCCAUCUCACCGUCUUCCGUCGCCUCUGACAGACAUCACUAUUACAGCGACCAUGAAAGAUCUUCAUCUGAUGCCGAAGAUUCAGUUUACUCAGCCGAAAGUGCUUCCAAACAGUGGUCGUUCGUAAGAUCCAAUAGUAAACAAAGCGGGCCUAUGACCGGUCUUCUGACUACAGUUGACACACUUGUCUCACACCAUAAUUCCGAACAUGGAUCAAUGAAUGGGCAUCGAAAUGGAACUUAUUUCAACAAAGUGCCAGCGGAAGCCAAAGAUGUUAUUUUGCAAAAAAUCCGACAACAUAUCAUGGAUAAACGUGGAAAUGAAAACAAUCACUAUGAAGUAAACGUAAACACUGAAGCACCGAUAGAACCUAGAUAUAUACGAGACGAAGGAUACAGAAAUGAUGCCUCAUAUCAUUAUCCUACACAAAGUUACCCAAGCAGUAAUGACACCUUAGACCUACGAAAAGUUCGUUCACCGGCGAAAUCUUCAGCUGCUCUACCAUUAUCUCCAAAUAAUCAUAUCGAAAACAAAAGUCCUAGAAAACAAGAAUUACCUAAAGUCGAAAAGAAAGUUGAAAUUAGCGUAAAUGUUCCUGAACAACGCGAGAUUCCAAUGGAUUACAGCAACUUACCACCUAAAAAGAAAAGAAAACUAAUCGAGUAUCAAGAGUACAAAAAGCAAGAAGAAGCAAGACGGCAACUCGAUGCAUUUUAUGCCGAAAAAAAAGACCGAGAGGAACCUCCUACGGACCAUGAGAUUGAUGCAAAUAAGUGGCGUCCAUGG